AUGGCAGCAGGGGCGACGGGGCCGGCCGGGCCUGGCAAGACCAGGAUCGCACUGUGUCAGUUCGAGGGCGGCAAGGCGAGCAAGGCGGACAACAUCGCGGCCAUGCGGGCCGCCGUGCGAGAGGCCGCAGAGGGCGGGGCGCAGCUUGCCCUGCUGCCCGAGAUGUGGCACUGCCCGUACAGCAACGACGCGUUCCCCGGCGCGGCCGAGGACAUCGACGCAGGGUCGUCGGAGUCGGUGCGGGCGAUGGCCGAGGCGGCGAGCGCGUCGGGGAUCACCGUCGUCGGCGGCACCAUCUCGGAGGCGCGGGCCGGCGGCGUCUACAACACGUGCUGCGUGUUGGGCCCCGACGGGGCCCUGCUGGGCAAGUACUCGAAGACGCACCUGUUCGACAUCGACAUCCCUGGCAAGGUCACCUUCCGCGAGUCCGACACGCUCACGCGGGGGCCGGGCCUGACGGUCGUGGACACCCCCAUCGGGCGCGUCGGCCUCGGCAUCUGCUACGACCUUCGGUUCCCGGAGCUCGCGAUGGCGUACGCGCGGCGCGGCUGCCACCUCAUCUGCUACCCCGGCGCCUUCAACACCACCACCGGCCCCCUGCACUGGUCUCUCCUGCAGCGCGCCCGCGCGGUGGACAACCAGCUGUUCGUCGCGAGCGCGUGUUGUGCGCGCGACGAGAGCGCCUCCUACGUGGCGUACGGGCACUCCAUGGCCGUCGGACCCUUCGGCGAGGUCCUCGUCGAGGCCGAGACUGCCCCGGGGGUGUUUUUCGCGGACCUCGACAUGGGUGAGAUCGCCACUCGGCGCAGCAACAUGCCGCUCGCGAGCCAGCGGCGGGGCGAUCUGUAUGAAUUCGUCGACAAGACCGCGUAG